AUGCCAAACACGCUGCUACGGGGACCAUGGGACGGAAAGGUCGGCUUCGCAGCUAGGGUGGUGGUGGCGGUCGUGCUUCUCACAACCGCGGUCAGGAGGGCACGUCUCUCGGGAGUGCCACGUCUCUUGGGAGGCUCUGAGCCUCGCAAGAUCAAGUGCCGCAACUGCGACGAGGAUGUUCAUCUCUCCAAGGAUUGCGAGAGGCCUGAUGGCAUCACCCACAUCAAGUCCAACAACUGCGCUCUAGAGCUCCGAAAACGUCCGGCGCAACCCUUCUCCCAAUCUCUCCUAUGGCGACGACGUCGAGACACGUACAGGGAGAGCGAGAGCGAUGAGCCCACAUCCGACAUCCGAUUGUUUCACUAG